UGACCAAGACUUUUCCUCUCCCUUCAGUCUUCUUCUCUCCAUUUCUUUCGCAAUUUCUCACUUGGUCCCUUCCAUUUCUCUCUGAUUCCAUUGUUUAAACUUUUCCCGGGAAAGUUGAUAUCCUCUCCUGGUUAGUUCUUCUGAAAGCAUUUGGUUUUGAGAAGUUGGGGGUAGAGGUUUAUCUGGGUUCCGCCUCAAAUGGGUCGGAUAAAACGAAUGGGCUUCAUCAAUGUUGAAGAUUUCGCGGAGUUCUUCAAGUACAUGAUGUUGGAGAAACCCUUUCUGUGUCUGUUGAUUCCUUUGAUCAUGGUGUUUUGGGCUAUAGAGAGAUGGGUUUUCUCCUUCUCCAACUGGGUUCCUCUUGUUGUUGCCGUUUGGGCAACUAUUCAGUAUUGUAAUUAUCAACACAGAAUAGUUGUUGAAGACCUGAAUAAAAACUGGAAGCGGGUCAUAUUGCAAGCCUCGCCAACAACACCAUUGGAACACUGUGAGUGGCUGAACAAGCUUUUAAUGGAAAUUUGGCCAAACUACUUAAGCUCAAAGCUUGCAUUAAGGUUCAAAUCCAUUGUUGAGAGGCGUUUGAAACAACGCAAAUCAAAAUUUAUCGAGAAGAUCGAAUUACUGGAGUUCAAGUUAGGUACAUGCCCACCAUGUCUAGGUCUUCAUGGGACUCGCUGGUCAACUACAGGUGACCAGAAAGUUAUGCGUUUGGGAUUUGACUGGGACACAAAUGACAUAAACAUCAUGCUGCUUGCUAAGGUAGCCAAGCCAUUAAUUGGAACUGCCAGGAUUGUUGUAAACAGCCUCCACAUCAAGGGUGAUCUUCUCUUGAUGCCGAUUCUGGAUGGUAAAGCAAUUUUGUACUCAUUUAUAUCUACUCCUGAAGUAAGAAUAGGAGUUGCCUUUGGAAGUGGAGGAAGCCAAUCACUGCCUGCCACUGAGCUGCCAGGUGUUUCAUCUUGGUUGGUCAAAAUUUUGACUGACACCAUAGUUAAGACAAUGGUUGAACCUCGUCGCCGUUGCCUCUCAUUGCCACCUGUAAAUUUAUGGAAAAAGGCCAUUGGUGGUAUUUUAUAUGUCAAAGUCAUUUCUGCUAGUAAACUUUCAAGAAGUAGCUUAAGGGGAAGUUUGUCAAGGAAGCAGCAAACUUCUUCUGUUCAUGGUUUUCAAGAUAUGGUUGACGAUAAAGAUCUACAGACUUUUAUCGAGGUUGAGCUAGAAGAGCUAACCAGGAGAACAGAAGUCAGAUCAGGCUCUUGUCCUCGAUGGGAUUCAACAUUUAAUAUGGUUUUACACGAAAAUACAGGAAUUGUCCGUUUCCAUUUAUAUGAGCGGACUCCCAGCGGUGUGAAGUAUGACUAUCUAGCUAGUUGUGAAAUUAAGAUAGGAUACGUUGCAGAUGAUUCCACAAUCUUUUGGGCAACAGGACCAGAUGCUGGGGUGAUAGCUAGGCGUGCUGAGUUUUGUGGAAAAGAAGUUGAAAUGGUCAUUCCAUUUGAGGGUGUCAAUUCUGGGGAGUUGACAGUGAGACUUGUGUUAAAAGAAUGGCAGUUCUCUGAUGGUUCUCACAGCUUGAGUCAUCUUCGAAGUAGUGUUCAACAAUCAUUUAAUGGCUUGUCGAAUUUCCUUUCAACAACUGGAAGGAAGAUUAACAUUACUGUUGGUGAAGGAAAGGAUCUUAUCACAAAAGACAACUCUGGAAAGUGCAACCUCUAUGCUAAACUGCAGUAUGGAAAGGUUAUCCAAAGAACAAAGACAGCUCAUUCCUUCAAUCCUAGCUGGAAUCAGAAGUUUGAAUUUGAUGAGGUAGGAGGUGGUGAAUACCUAAAGAUAAAAUGCUACACUGAAGAGAUCUGUGGUGACGACUGUAUUGGUAGUGCUCGAAUAAGUCUUGAAGGACUUGUAGAAGGGUCUGCCAGGGAUGUAUGGAUCCCACUUGAAAAAGUGAAUUCAGGAGAACUACGGCUGCAGAUAGAAGCUGUUAGAAUCGAUGACCAAGAAGGAUCAAGGGGUUCCAAUGCAGGUUCAGGCAAUGGCUGGAUUGAACUUGUUCUUGUUGAAGCGAGAGACCUUGUUGCUGCUGACCUAAGAGGGACAAGUGAUCCAUUUGUAAAGGUGCAGUAUGGUAAUUUGAAGAGAAGAACAAAGGUUAUGUACAAAACAUUGAAUCCUCAAUGGAAUCAGACUCUAGAGUUUCCUGAUGAUGGCAAUCCCUUAGAGUUGCAUGUGAAAGACCACAAUUCCUUGCUACCAGUAUCAAGCAUAGGUGAUUGCAUUGUAGAAUAUCAGAGACUUCCUCCAAACCAGAUGUCUGACAAGUGGAUACCCCUUCAAGGAGUGAAUAGAGGAGAGAUACACAUUCAAAUUACAAGAAGAGUACCAGAGCUCCUGAAGAAAUCCAGUUUAGACUCUCAGGCAUCCUUAAAUAAAGGCAACCAAAUUUCUAGUCAGAUGAAACAAGUUAUUAACAAGCUUCAGUCUUUACUUGAGGAUGGAAAUAUUGAAGGACUCUCCACAGCACUAACCGAGCUUGAAGCACUCAGAGAUGCGCAGGAAGAUUACGUAGUACAGCUUGAGACUGAGCAAAUGCUUCUACUUAACAAGAUAAAGGAGCUUGGUCAGGAAAUCUUGAGCUCUUCACCUUCUCUAAGCAGAAGAUCUUCUGCUUAACAUCUUCUGGAUCUUGAGCCUAUGCUUUUCCUUUUUUCUAUCAUUGUAAUUUUGCAUUUGCCAAUACGUUAAAGAAUAAAGAUAGAUUUGUGUGUAUGGCACUCUGACAUAAAUUUCCUCAGCUCAUGCAGCUUCCUGCCACCUGAAAUUGUAUAUGGAUAUAUUAUAUAUUUCCUACAAGCAUGUUAAUGAUAAAUCUGCCUUGAAUCC